AUGUCUUUACAAGAACAACCAAUGCAGCAGCAACAACAGCAACAACAGCAGCAGCCGGUUCAAGUUUAUCCAACAACUGUCACAUAUCUGUCACCACCUGAACCUGACCAACAUUCAUCAAAUGGAUCAUUUGGGUCAGUAUUUGUUGUUUUAGCCAUCAUAAUAAUAAUCUCUGCAGUUGCUUGUUGUCUUGGAAGGUUUUGCAGCCGGCGCGGCAAUGGAAAAAGCCACAGUCAGAAACAUGUUAAACCACAGAAACAGCAGCAGAAGCAGAACCAACACUCACGUCCAAAAGAGGUUGAUAUUGAAUUUGGAUUUGACAAAAAAAUUGCAGCAUCUAAGCCUAUGAAUAAUGGACAUGGAGGAGGAGGAGUCAGGGUGCAGAAGCCAGUUUCUCAUGGUCAUCAUGAUAUGAAGAGUUUUGAAAUAAAGCUCGGUCCUCCUCCUCAAGGAAAGUUUAGGCAAGGUGCAUAA